AUGGAUGUGGUGCGGUUAUUUACAAACCUACUAGCAGUGCACAGACAGCAGCUACAGGCCCUGGCUGUAAAGGGAGAGAUCCAGACUGAGGCUAUGGCACAGUUACUGAGGAGGUGGAUGAUCAAUCCUGAGCCCAGUCAGGGCUGAACAGAGCCGACAGCAGCAGGGCUUCAGCUCUGUGAGGUAUGACCCAGGGAGCUGGGGCAAGGGCUGGAGAGUGCUGCCUGAGAGGAGGACGAAUGUGGUGAGGUGUGUGGCCUUGCAGAGGUUUGUGUCCCUCCUGCCCAAAGACGUUGGAGACUGUGUGCUGAAACAGUGCCCCCAGGAGAUGGAGGAGGCUAUCUGCAUGGCUGAGGAGUACCUGAAGAACACACCUGGGGAGGAGAGCAGUGAAAUGGACAACCACUCUGAUGGAGAGGGGUACUAUGUAGACCAACAGAGAGAAGAAGAAGCAGGGUAGGGCCAGAUCAUGUUUUGAGUGUUUCUUACACUAGGAAGCGUUAAAUAUGUUGCCUACAAAUAUUGUGGGUUUGUUGGAAUGCAUUUGUUGAUAUACUGUCUAUUUCCAUUUAUUUUCAGACAUGCAGAACAUAAAGUUAACUGUGAGAAGAUGAAAGUCACAGGACCAUGGCCAGGGUUGUUUCUGAAGAGGAUAGACAUGUCUAAAGUCUGCCAGUACAUUAGUUUCAAUAUAGAUGCCAGACAUCUGGAUGACAUUUACAGUGAGGAUAGGAGACUUGAUGGGGAAGAUGAUUUUGUUGAGGAAGACAAUUUUGCUGAACAUGAGGACUGGGUUAAGGAGGAGAUAAAAUACAACAGCCAGGCUGAGGUAAAGGUUGAGAUCGGGUCAGUCUCUGAGAUGGGACAGUCUAUUGACAUGGCUAGAAAUACUGAGAAUGUUGAGAGGGGUCAGCUAAGAAAGAUAGCAAAUCAGAUGCCUGUAACUGGGAGGGCCAAGAGAGGUGUAUCUGCCCCUGUCAUCUCCUCGUCCAGCCCUAACACCGCUGAGAGAGAGACCCUCUCCUGCCUGAAACGUAAAAACAAAAAAGAUCCCUCCCAUAGACCAAGCCACUGCUGUCCUGACUGUGGUAAGAGUUACAAACGGGCUGACUUUGUCAGUUAA